UCCUUCUCCAUUAGAGACACUGAAUUUUGCUGACAACGAAUAAUCCACCGAGCAUCCGUGACACCUUUCACGAUGGAUCAAGCUCAGUCCGAGAUGAACAUCUUAUCUAAUGGCAAAAGUUACAACCUCGGUGAUGAUGUUGACGUACCAAUGAAGACGUCGCUCGAGGAUGAUCAAAAUGGCACUGAAACAGUCAGAUUCGAUGACCCCGAUGGAGGAAUGGAGAAUGAAGAAUUUUUGCCCGGUGCGGAUGGAAAGAAACCAGUCCGAUUCACAGAUUUUGAAGGGAAAACCUCCUUUGGUAUGUCCGUCUUCAACCUGGGUAAUGCCAUUAUGGGAAGUGGAAUUCUGGGACUGGCUUAUGCCAUGGCCAACACUGGCAUACUCCUCUUCUUGUUUCUUCUGACUGCAGUGGCUGCCUUGUCAUCUUAUUCCAUUCAUCUGCUUCUCAAAUCCUCUGGCAUCGUGGGAAUUCGGGCUUACGAACAACUGGGCUUCAGGGCCUUUGGCACUCCUGGCAAAAUGGCCGCCGGCAUUGCAAUUACUCUGCAGAACAUCGGAGCCAUGUCCAGCUACUUGUACAUUGUGAAGUCUGAGUUACCUCUGGUCAUCCAAGCAUUCUUGAAGGCUGACCCUAACGCAGAUCUUUGGUACUUGAAUGGCAACUACCUGGUCAUCAUGGUCUCCGCCAGUGUCAUCCUGCCCCUGGCCCUGAUGAAGCAACUGGGUUACCUUGGCUAUACCAGCGGAUUUUCUCUCAGCUGCAUGGUGUUCUUCCUCACUGCGGUCAUCUACAAGAAGUUCCAAAUUCCGUGCCACUUUGAGGAGUUCAACUCGCUCAAUCACACCACGGCCCACCCCAGCCUGAACGUGUCGAACCACGUUGGCGAUCACCUCCUGACUCGCGAAGAGGACGACGCUCUUUGCGCGCCGCGCAUGUUCACCCUCAACUCACAGACAGCCUACACCAUCCCCAUCUUGGCUUUCGCCUUUGUUUGCCACCCUGAGGUCCUCCCCAUUUAUACUGAGCUCCGCAACCCCACUAAAAAGAAGAUGCAGAAGGUGUCCAACAUCUCCAUCUUUGUCAUGUACACCAUGUACUUUCUGGCAGCUCUCUUUGGCUACCUAACCUUCUAUGGCAACGUGGAGCCAGAAUUGCUUCACACUUACAGCCGCAUUGAUCCUUACGACACUUUGAUCCUGUGCGUGCGUGUGGCUGUCCUCACCGCCGUCACACUCACCGUCCCCAUCGUGCUCUUCCCCGUGCGCAGAGCCAUUCAGCAGAUGUUGUUCCCCACCAAGGCUUUCAGCUGGCUGCGUCACAUCGCCAUCGCUCUGGUUCUACUCAUGCUUAUCAACAUGCUGGUGAUUUUCGCCCCCAACAUUCUGGGCAUUUUCGGAAUCAUCGGUGCCACGUCUGCUCCUUGCCUUAUUUUCAUCUUCCCCGCUGUCUUCUACAUCCGCAUUGUUCCCAAAGAAAGCGAACCCCUGAGCUCUCUUCCCAAGAUCCUGGCCGCCUGCUUUGCCGCCUUGGGUGUCUCCUUCAUGAUAAUGAGUCUCAGCUUCAUAAUAAUCGACUGGACGUCGGGAAGCGGCAAUGCCGGCGGGGGCCACUAGAACCUGCGUGAGUGUGUUUGGGGACGGAGGAGCAACGAGAAUUAAGAGCUGGCACGUAAACAUGCCAAGCAAAAUGUCACACUUGUAUUGAUGGAGCUGAAAUAACGUUUUACUGCAAUGUUAUUUAUACACAUACAUUCACUGGCCACCCGAUUAGGUACACCUGAGAAUGCGCAGGCAUCUAAGCGGCAUUGAUCAUUUUAUGAUUCUAUGGGAGGAAAACUACAAUGCGUCACAUUAACAGAAGUUUUCACACACCCUAGUUGGAUCCAGGGCACUUAACCACAAAUACUGUAAUAAGCAUAUUUUUAAAUGAUCACCUCUUUUGCUUUUAUUAUCCUUGCCAACGCAAAUGUUUUGCGACAGCUCUAAUUUGACUGUGGCCAGUGAGUGUACCAGAGCAGAAAUAAUGCUCUUUAAUUUCAUGAAUUAACUCAUGCUGCGAUCAUCUUUGCGCUAAUCCAGCCACGUUACCCACGAACAACGGCAGCCGGUACUGUAAAAACAAACAUUGUAUACAUUUCUAAAGUGUCUAAUU